CUCAGAACAGACGCCUUCUUCAAGCAUCGCAUCAGUCAGCGAGUUUUAUCCCCAUCGUAAGGAGUCUCCGGAAAAACAAAAGUUAAUUAGAGCAGGCUUCUCCGACGAGAAAAAACUCACUCGACAUGUCUAAAUCCGCCAAGUUCCAACCGAUCCCCACCAGCGACGUGAUUGGCGAACCGCCCAAAGAGUCCUCCGAAGAGACGGACCCGGAAUACAUGUGCGGUAUCUUCGGCUACAGACCGCGGUGGUUGCAGAGGUUCGCCAAGGCCUAUUACUUCCUGAUAUGUUACGUUCUCUUCGGCAUCUUUCAGGGGGCCCUAAAGGCCUACCUGAACGGCACCAUCACGACCAUCGAGCGCAAGUUCGCACUCACCGGAAAGAUGUUCGGUGUCAUCCUCAUAGCGGACAACAUCAGUUCUCUGUUCACCAGUCUUCUAGUAGGUUACUACGCCACGAAGAUCAGCCGGCCUAAGAUCAUCGCGUUCGGCAUCUGGAUGUCUGUGCUGGGCUGCUUCGUGAGCGUCCUUCCAUACAUCGUCUACGGUCCAGGAUUCGUGAGCGCUUCUCAGGGGACUCCUCUUCCGGAUCACCAGACGGGCUCUUUUCUGACCAGAUCGAGAAUUCAGAAGGAGUUUUGCGCCAAGGGAAGCGACGACGACUUUGUGCGCGACGACACGCCGGCACCCACAGGCAUCAUGGCCGUUAGCAUUUUGUUUCUGGCAAACUUUUUGAAUGGUCUCGGUGGAACUUCUUUCUACAUUUCGGGAGCGACCUACACCGAUGACAACGUCAAGAAGAAGAACUCGCCCAUCUACUUCAGUCUUGUUUUUUCGCUGCGCCUGCUGGGACCAAUGCUGGGAUACGUGUCUGCUUCCGUCUGCCUUAGCAUUUACGAGUCUCCCUUUGAGGAUCCCGGGAUCACGAACAGACACCCCAGUUGGAUCGGUGCCUGGUGGCUGGGAUUCGUCGUCUGGGGAUCGGCGAUGGCCCUCAUGUCCCUGCCCAUGUCCCUCUUCCCCAAGAACAUCCGGAGGCCCGCCUUCUCCGCCAACAAGCCUGAGGGGCCGGGUGGCAACAAAAGCGAGAAACCCGCACCCAUGUCUCUGGUGGAAAAACUCAAAGACGACGCCAGAGAGAUGAGACUGGCGAUGGGCCGUUUGUGCAAGAAUCCGGUGCUGAUGUGGAAGAUUGCAACGUUGGUUUUUAUUUUCAACGGUGUGGGGGGAUACGUCAGCAUGUUCCCAAAGUACGUUGAGAACCAGUAUCGCGUAUCGGCGUCCAAGUCCAAUUUAUUCACAGGCCCCACAAAGAUCAUGGCAAUGAUGGUGGGACUGUUCCUCGGAGGCGUCAUCAUCCGCAUAUGGAAGCCCCGGGCCCGCACCAUCGGGUUACUGUCGGCCUUCAGCGACUUUGUGGACAUCAUGUUCCUCUCGGCGGGCAUGUACCUGGGCUGCUCGAACUGGCAGCUGGCGGGAACCGAGGUCAACGAAAGUGGCAGGAUGUCUAUUGCGAAUUCGUGCAACGAAGGCUGCGACUGCACUACCAGGUCCUUCCAGCCAGUUUGUGACGUCGCUCAACGGGCAACCUACUUUUCGCCAUGUGCCGCUGGCUGUUUUGACCGUGGGAACGGGAGCAUGUAUUGCACGUGCAUCGCCGGAAACUCCAGUUCCCCGACCGGGUUUGGACUUGCCAAUGUGGAGGACGGCUUCUGCGAGUUCCCAUGCGGGAACCUGUACCUACUCGUGAUUCUCAUCAGCGUCGGCAAGCUGAUCGGGCAGCUGCCUAGGGUCGGAGGCAUGCUUAUCACUCUCAGGUGCGUUCACCCUGCUGACAAAGGCAUAGCGAUGGGAUUAAUGGGACUCUGCUUCAACCUUUUAGCGGCCGUGCCGUACCCUCUGAUCUACUCGGCCAUCUUCGACGCCACCUGUCUGGUGUGGGAGGAACGCGGAGGACGGCGCGGAAACUGUUGGUUCUACGACGUGGACAAGCUGCGCUUCGCCUACCACGGCGUCACGAUCGUCUUCCUGGGCCUGGGCCUCAUCUGCCAGCUGGUCAUGUCCUACUACGCCAAGCGGGUCACGGACAUGUACGGGGACGCAGAGGGCCACGCCGAGGACGCCGUCACGUCCACUCGGGAGGAUGGUGCCAUCGAGAUGAAGAACAAGAGAGACGCUGAACAAAGCUAGGAUCAAGCUGUCAACCCUGCUCGUUGCCUGGAACGUUACGAUGUUUGCACUGUCAGGCAAAGCGCCCCUUUCGUCUGCCACUUUUGCAAGCGGAAAAGCGGGCGAUGGAUCCCAGACAUCUGGGUGGUUCUGGCCAGUCCGGUGUAUAUAGAAAAGGCAGGUUGCGAGAAUUGUCACGAUCAGAGCUUUAUAUAAUCACCUUGGUCAUGAUAACGUCGCAUGCAAAGAAAUAAUUCUUGUUCUAAACAGAAGGGGAACUUCACACAGGCCUCGAUUCAUCUUGGACGCGGCUACUAGAAACGCAGCGUCUCAUAAUUCUUAAUCGUUCGUAGAAUAUUUUGUUUUUCCUGAGUGUCAUACGUUUUGUUUAGGAAAUCGGGCUCAAUCCCAUUGGGUUGAUGACGGCUGGGUUCGAAUAUCGAAGAACCUAAUGUCCUAGUUGACAUGUCUUUUCGGCAGAAAAUAUCUGACAGGUUCAUUGCGCCGAAACAUCUGGUGAAACAGCCCCGGGGAGUAGUCUCCUCGUAAUCUGUCACACGGCAAUGGCGUCGCUCGAAAGUGUGAAUACUAUAGAUAUUGCUGAGACUACCCGAGAAGCGAGAUAUGCAUUCUGGUUUAUGUAGAAUCUCUGGUAAUAGAAUUGGCAGUACUCUUGGGUAGCCAUUGACGACGACUUGUUACGGCAUUUCUAGACUGCUCGUGUAGGGGAACCAUAUACCGAGUGUCGAGUUUCCUCUUUGAGGCAAUGAUAGUAUAUUCUUUUUUUGCCAAAUAAAAAAUAAAUUUUGAAACUAAAUAACGCAAUGUGCUAUUGUAAGACCGCGAUAUAGAAGAGUAUUCGGUUUCAUGUUAAAGGGGACGCGCAACGAAUUGUACAAGCCUGAGUUCAGACGUUUCGAAGCUGCUUUCCCAGCAAGGGCUGACUUCGCGCAAGCAACGCUCGUCUGAGCUUAGCGCACGAGAAAGUGAAACGGAUCAUAUAUGAGGAGGUUUAACCGACCAUUAGAUUUCAUAUAACAUUUUUAUACUUUCUCGAGUGCGAACUUCACCGUAAUGCACUUAACUCACAUAUAACUGGUUUUCUUUCGAUCAGCUUAAUCAAUAAAAAAGGUCAUCGUUGUCAGGCUCUUACGGUCGUGCAGUCUCUGCGGUAAAAAGGCGUCAAAUUCUAAUUCACUGAGGCCGCAUGGCUAUUGGAACACGUGAGCGAACGCUCUGCUAAUUGUUUGACGUUUCGAAGCUGCUUUCCCAGCAAGGGCUGACUUCGCGCAAGCAACGCUCGUCUGAACUUAGCGCACGUGAAAGUGAAACGGAUCAUAUAUGAGGAGGUUUAACCGACCAUUAGAUUUCAUAUAACAUUUUUAUACUUUUUCGAGUGCAAAC